AUGCACACACCCACCUUCCGCAGAGAACCCGAAGAUGCGCUGGUUAAGGCUGGGUUCAAGGACAAUCUUUUUGUCACUGGAUGGGGUGAGCUGCGCAUUAAAGCACUGAGUGAUGAGCUAGCACACCCCGCACUAACGAACUCACUGGCAGACUAUGAGGCCUCAGGGUUCGCCGAGGGCUAUCUGACCGCCCACCACACCUACAACCAGUACAGAAACUUGCUGGUUGUCAUGGCCGAGGGCAAAAUCGCACCAAAUAUCGAGAAGUGGUUUGGUCAGCAGCUGACCUGGUCUCGCAAAAUGUGCCGCACGAAGGCGAAAUCCGAUAAUCUGUGGCGACACACAGGUGCGUGA